AUGUCGUCGUCAAUUAAUGAUCCAAAGGAAAAUAGCGAAACUGAUGAAGCUGCUUACGCAAAGAUGAUGGAAAUGCAACGUAAGGCAUUUGAAGCCCAGUUUGGUUCUUUGGAGGAUAUGGGAUUUGAAGACAAGACCAAAGAAUUGAAUGAAGAGAGUGAGAGUGAAGAUGAGAGUGAGCAGGAACAAGAAGAAGAACAAAGUGGAAGUGGAAGUGAAUAUGAAAAUGGAAGUGAUGAUCAAUUUUCAGGAUUUUCUGAUUCUAGUGAUAAUGAACAGAAUGAUAUUAAUAAGAAGAGCAAGAAUGCUGUAGAAUCUGGUCCUAAAGUAAUCAAAUUUAAUGGACCUAGUGAUAUUUUCGUUGUACCAAGUAAAAAGGAACAAAAGAUGUUGAGAAGUGGUAAAACUUUAAAACACACAACUUCAAAUUCUAACAAUGAUGAUGAACAGAAUGAUAGUGAUGAAGAUGAGAAUUUAGAACGAGAGAAUUUGCAAAAUGAUUUAGAAUUGCAACAGUUCUUAAGAGAAUCACAUCUAUUGGCAUCGUUGAAUUCAGCAAAUAGCAAAUCAGAAAGUGGUGCAAGUUUAACUUUGCAGAGUAUGAAUAACGAUAGCAUUGCAUAUCAGGAUGAUGUUGUUAUGGGGAAAGCAAGAGCACGUACAUUAGAAAUGAGAUUAAAUAGAUUAUCAAAGAUCAAUGGACAUGAUAAAAAAAUCAAUAGAUUAGAGAAAAUGCCAAUACAAACUAGAAAAGGGAUGGUUAACAAACAUAUUAAAAGAAUUGAGAAAUAUGAACAGGAAGCUGCAGAUGGUGGGAUUGUAUUAUCAAAAGUGAAAAAGGGACAAUUUAGGAAAAUAGAGCAUACUUAUAAAAGAGAUAUCGAAAGAAGAAUCGGUACCAGUAUAAAGAAGAAAGAUGAAAUUAGGAACACCAAGAGAAAACGUGGAUUAAAAGUGAACAGUAUAGGUAGGUCGACAAGAAACGGAUUAGUUAUAUCAUCUCAAGAAAUCGCACGUGUGAACGGUGUUGAUAAGAGAUCUAGCAAAGGCAGAUCUAAACCUCAUCAUCGUCAUCGUCGCUAA